AUGCCAGUAUGGUAUUAUGAAAAAAAAGAUCUUAAGUCAACACCAUCUAUUCGCGAUGGAGUCGAUCUCGACACUGAACAACGAUAUCGACGCGAAGGUUGUCGUUUUAUAUACGAUCUCGGACUUCGACUUGGCUUACAACCGGAAACAAUGGGUACAGGAGCUGUUUUUUUUCAUCGUUUUUAUAUGUCUCAUUCAUUUCGACAAUAUCCGAGAUAUGCAACGGCAACGUGCUGUUUGUUUCUAGCUGGCAAAGUCGAAGAAACACCCAAGAAGAUUCGUGAUAUAAUGAAAACAGCACGGCAAAUUCUCGAAGGUGCUCGUGAGCGUUAUAUCCCAACGUUGGGUGAUGAACGAGGAGAUUUGAUCUUACAAUACGAACGCAUCUUAUUGCCGACAGUUAAAUUUGAUUUUUAUAUUGUCAGUCCGUAUUCGUUUUUGAAACAAUACGUGAAGACAAUCAUCGGUGAUAAAGAACAAAUACGACAGAUGUAUCAAAUGGCGUGGACAUUUGUCAACGAUAGUUAUUGCACGACAUUAUGUUUGCAAUGGGAACCAGAAAUCAUUGCAAUAGCGAUGUUAUAUCUUGCUUGUAAAUUAUCCAAAUAUGAGAUUACAGAUUGGACGAAUAAGAAAGAAAAUACUAAACAAAAAUGGUGGGAACAAUUCGUCGACGGUUUGACAAAGGAUAUUAUUGAAGAUAUUUGCCAUCAACAUCUUGAUCUUUAUUCAAAAGAUAAUCUCUCAUCAUCAGGAAACGGAACAGUCACUAAUUCAUCGGUGAUGUUGACACCAACACAAACGAAUUCUGCAGUAACAUCGCCGAUUGAAUCGCCGUCAACGAUGCGAUCAAUGUCGUCGAAACGACCAAGAAAUGAGGAUGAUUCGAACUAUCGCUCGUCACGUAAUAAUCAUCAUCAUUCUGCAAAUUUGAAUUCAAGUAACACUGGUAUUCCAAUCAACCCUCCUAUUCCACCAAUGCCUUCGACAAUGUCCUAUCAUCAUGCAUCGUCACACGAUGAAUUGUCUCGGCGAUCAUUAACAGCACCACCUCCGCCUUUGCCUCCCCCGCCUUUACCGCCUCUACCGCCUCUUCCCCCGCCUCAAUCAAACGUCGUGCAACCGUCACAUCAAAACUUCUACAUGAGGCCGCCAAUGGCACCACCAAAUAUGCCUCCAAUGCCCCCAUCCAUGUUUGCACCAUCUCUUCGCGGCCCAAUGCCUUCUAAUUUGUAUGAAAUAUGUCCUACUAUUCAUUUAACAAGUUAUUCUAUUUGGAAUCGUCAUCAUGUUGUUCAAAUGGAAAAAUGCCACCUGAUCGCCGUGGUUGAGAAACCCAACAUUUCGAUAUUGAUGGUAUUGAUUUAA